AUGUCAACUAUACUCAGAGGGGAGUCAAGGAGAUUCAAUAACAAACAAAAAGGACGACAUCAUUUGACGCCACAGAAGAGACAUGAGAUUAAGGAAGCGUUUGAAUUAUUUGACACUGAUGGAUCAAGUACUAUUGAUGCCAAGGAGCUCAAUGUUGCUAUGAGGGCCCUUGGAUUUGAGAUGACAGAAGAGGGUAAGAUAUCUGCAGCAGACAUCAGGCACAUUGCAAAGGAGCUAGCUCAAAAUUUUACUGAUAGAGAGAUUCAAGAGAUGGUUGAUGAUGCAGACCAAAAUAACGAUCGAGAGGUUGAUCCAGAGGAGUUCCUCAUGAUGAUGAACAGAACAAGCUUCCGCCACUAG